UUUCAGUCAGCAGUUUUGGAGGAGCUAAUGGUCGAUUAAAACAUUAGAAGAGAUUGAGGCAUGUGCAUUGCUCUGUUAAUUCGUAGUUCAAAUAAUCUCUGUCCCAACAGCUCUUAGAUUCCAGUAAACCCUACCAGCAAAGAUGGCUCAUCUUCAAGCACUUUUUAAACAUGUGGACGAACACCAGGAGCUAUACAUUGAGCGUCUUGCCCAAUGGGUGGCUGUGCAGAGUGUGUCCGCCUGGCCGGAGAAGCGAGGGGAGAUCAAGAAGAUGAUGGAGAUGGCAGCCAAGGACAUUGAGAAGCUGGGGGGCACUGUGGAAAUGGUAGACAUUGGCAAACAAAAGCUUCCCUCUGGAGAGGAGAUCCCCUUGCCCCCCAUCGUCCUUGGCUGUUUGGGCUCUGACCCGGGCAAGAAGACUGUGUGCAUCUACGGCCACCUGGACGUCCAGCCAGCCGCAAUCGGCGACGGUUGGGACACAGAGCCCUUCACGCUGGUGGAGAAAAAUGGGAAGCUCUACGGCCGAGGCUCGACUGACGACAAGGGCCCAGUGUUGGCCUGGUUCAACUGCAUUGAGGGCUGCCAAAAGAUCCAUCAGGAACUUCCGAUAAACAUCAAGUUCUGCUUCGAGGGCAUGGAGGAGUCGGAAUCGGAGGGCCUGGACGAGCUGGUGUUCGCCCGCAAAGACACCUUCCUGAAGGACGUGGAUUACGUAUGCAUCUCAGACAACUACUGGCUGGGCAAGACCAAACCCUGCAUUACCUAUGGACUGAGGGGGAUCUGCUACUUCUUCAUUGAGAUGGAGUGCUGUGACAAGGACCUUCAUUCUUGGGUGUUUGGAGGCUCGGUCCAUGAAGCCAUGACCGACCUCAUUGCACUGUUGGGCUCCCUCGUGGACACGAAGGGGAAGAUCCUGGUCCCAGGGGUGUACGAGGAAGUGGCCAAUGUCACUGACGAGGAGAAGAAACUGUAUGAGAAGAUCGACUUUGACGUGGUGGAGUAUGCCAAGGACAUCGGUGCUGGGAAGCUCCUACAUGACACCAAGGAGGCUAUCCUGAUGCACCGCUGGAGGUACCCCUCCCUCUCUCUGCAUGGUAUCGAGGGGGCCUUCUCCGACGUGGGUGCCAAGACCGUCAUUCCCCGCAAGGUCAUUGGCAAGUUCUCCAUCCGCCUGGUCCCUGACAUGGAACCCAAAGUGGUGGAGAAACAGGUUACUGGCCACCUGGAGAAGAAGUUUGCUGAACUAGAGAGUCCCAACAAGCUCAAGGUGUACACGGGCCACGGGGCCAAAGCCUGGGUGUCCGACUUUAACCAUCCCCAUUACAUGGCUGGUAGAAAGGCAAUGAAGACCGUGUUCGGUGUGGAGCCUGACCUGACUAGGGAAGGCUGCAGCAUCCCAGCCACCCUGACCUUCCAGGAAGCCAUCGGCCGCAACGUCAUGCUGCUGCCCAUGGGCUCGUCUGACGACGGAGCACACUCCCAGAACGAGAAAUUCAACAGGACAAACUACAUCCAGGGCAUCAAGAUGCUCGGCGCAUACUUCCACGAGGUCUCCCUGUUGGAGUAAAUGGACUAGCCAGACCUGAGUGAGAUGUGUCCUUCUACCUCCAGAACUGUGGACCCAACUGUUUAGUUUUCUAUCCAAUGCAAGUUGCAUAAUGUUUUCCAUGAACUGCUGCUGCUGCUGUACAGCAAAAUGGAGCCUUGAAGAUCUUCCUUAGUCAUUUGUAAUUUUGUCUUCCAUCAAGAAGAUAAGUAGAGGAAAAUAAUAUAAGUAUAGAUUAUUGUACUGUAGAUGCGCCAUCGUAUAGCGUCAUCUACUGAAUCAGUGUGCUCUAGACAAGAUCUAAACCAAACUCGAAGGAAGCGUGAACAGUAUACCCCAUUACACGUCCAUGUUGUGGUGUAUUUAUGAAUGUGCUAACAGACGACAGUAUACCCCAUUACACUUCCAUGUUGUGGUGUAUUUAUGAAUGUGCUAACAGACAACAGUAUACCCCAUUACACUUCCAUGUUGUGGUGUAUUUAUGAAUGUGCUAACAGACGACAGUAUACCCCAUUACACUUCCAUGUUGUGGUGUAUUUAUGAAUGUGCUAACAGACAACAGUAUACCUACAGAAUAGACACACAUUUCCUCCAUUUGGGGGACUUGGAGAUGAUUUUAUACCUGACUAUUUUCGAUCUUAAGAUGUUAGCUUGUUUGGGAAACCUCCAACUGUAAUGGAAAAAAGCACAGCAUCUUCAACUCCUAUUUUAUUCCUGUUUUAAAUAUUAUGGGUAAUCAUUUAUGAAGCCGAACACGGCAUGUCUUAAAACAUGAGUAGAACAGAGAAAUGCACACAUAGGACAUAGCCAUAGACAUCUGCAGAUAUUGGAUGCAUUUGGAAGUGUUUGAAGUGAUGACAAUAACUCAAUAGUUUUGACCCUUCCCACUUGGCACACUGGUUGAAUCAACGCUGUUUU